UAAAUUCCGUCAGUUUCUAGUUCCAUUGUUCCAAUAUGGCGGAAGAGAAUGACAGGAAGAAGUUAAUUUCGUCUUUAAUUCGAGAGAUUCCAGAUUUUCCAAAGCCCGGGAUAUUAUUCAGGGAUAUCUGUCCACUUCUGAAGAAUCCAGUGGCUUUCGAAGCUUCAAUCGACCUCCUGACUGACCACAUAAAGGAGAACUACCCCGCUGUUGAAGUCAUUGUUGGUCUUGAUGCACGAGGCUUUCUCUUUGGCCCAGGAAUUGCUUUAAAACUUGGCAUUGGGUUUGUUCCUGUGAGGAAAGAGGGCAAACUACCUGGGGAGACAAUUUCAAUCAAAUCUGAGAAGGAAUAUGGCAAGGAUGUGUUGGAAAUUCAAAAAGAUUCAAUUGCAGCUGGUCAAAAAGUUGUCAUUGUUGAUGAUCUUUUAGCAACUGGAGGUACACUGUUAACAAGUUGUGAGUUAGUUAAGAAGCAAGGAGGAAGUGUUCUAGGCUGUGUUGUUCUGUUUGAGCUCACAGAGUUGAAAGGAGCUGCACGAUUACCUGUCAAAUGCUUCUCUUUAUUGCAAAGUUGAAACUGCAGAAGCUAUGAUCUGAGAUCAUCUCUAAAUAAACUGAUCUAUUUGAUUUUAAAAUAAUUAAAAAUUUUUGACAAUUUUAUAACAAUGCCAUAAUGGAUAUACGAUAUCUUACGUGCUGUGGACUGUGAUAUCACCAAAUAUUAAAUUCGCAAAUAAUUUAAAAGUUAUCUUUUCACGUCAUGAUACAAAGAAAAGAAAAACGUUUUCCAGCAAUCUGAAACCAGACUUUGAGCCACAGCGAAUGUCGAUUGGUAUCAACCUAUUUCUGGCUGAAAUUUAGCCUAGUUUGGCAAGUUCGAUGGUAAAGGUUUUUGCUGGUCAACCUGUAUGAAAUUUUUGCAUAUUAAAAUGAAAUACGUGUUAUAGAAUCAACAGAAGUUACGUUAAUAUAAAUAUAAAUGAUUCUUAAGCCAACUAUAUAAAGUUUUGCUUU